CGCUGGGCCGAGUACCAAGGCCUCAACAACUGGGACGGGCUGCUGCGCCCCCUCGACCCGGUCCUCCGGUCGGAGAUCCUCCGCUACGGAGAGUUCGUCCAGUCGGCCUACAACUCCUUCGACUUCGACCCCUCCUCCCCUUCGUACGGCACGUGCCAGCACGCCAAGCUCUCGGCGUCGGGAUCCGCGUCGGGGUAUCGCGUGACCAGGGACCUGCACGCGAGCUCUGGGGUCAGGCUGCCGGGCUGGGCCGACGACGUGGCCCCCAGCUGGGCGACGAGGAGGUCGAGCUGGAUCGGGUACGUGGCGGUGUGCGAGGAGGAGGAGGAGGUGGAGAGGUGGGGGAGGAGGGACGUGGUGGUGGCGCUCCGGGGGGCGGUCACGUGCUAUGGAUGUCGGGUGGAGAACUCUGAGCGGCCCACCGUGACUGACUGCAUUUGCGACGGCGGCGACCAGCUGGGGUCCAGCGGGAUUCCUGAUGGGUGGGAGCAGAGGCCGUUUUGGAGCUAUGUUCCUUUCUUGUGGGCUGAGCUACACGAGUUUGCGUUGAUCAGGUACAUGCUGCAAAUUCCAUUAAAGCCUCACUUCCAACUCUCCUUCUUCUGUAAAAUGCAGGUGAGAGAAGAAAUCAAAAGAAUAAUCGAAACCUACGGAGGAUCGAGAAACAGGCCCCUAAGCCUAACCAUAACAGGCCACAGCCUCGGAGCAGCCCUCGCCGUCCUCGCGGCCUACGACAUUACCGCCACCGUCAAGAACCAUCCGAUGGUCACCGUCGUCUCCUUCGGCGGUCCCCGCGUCGGCAACAGCAGCUUCCGACGAAAACUGGAGGAACAAGGGAGCAAAGUCCUCAGGAUAGUUAACACUCAAGACAUCAUCACAAAAGUCCCGGGUUUUGUUGUAGACCAAGAAAUCGAACAGAGUGAGAACGAGAUUAAUAUACCGAGUUGGAUAUUAAGGAAGACCGGCUGGGUUUAUGCCGAUAUUGGACAAGAGUUGAGAGUUAGCGGUGAGAGGACUGCGAAUGUUGUGGCUUGUCACGAUUUGAACGUGUAUUUGAGUCUAGUUAAUCAGCUUAGUACCACGUGUCCGUUACGGGCCAGGGUCAAGGAGAGUUUCCGUUGGCCGUUUUCUGUUCAGCUAACGUCUAAUGGACGGUGAUAAUUAAAAAGUGGCAGCUAAUUUUCCAGACUGUAACCACAGUUUUAACUGUUUGGAAAUGUAUUUUUCGAUUCAUAACUAACAACCAACACAUCACCCCCCUGUCGAUCGGUCUUAUAUUUUGGUCCCUGUAGCAAAGCUCCGUAAA